AUGGACCUGGACCUGGACCUGGCUGGGACUAGGAACCUGGGACCCGGGCUCCAGGGCACACAAGGGAGAACGGGCAGCGAUCGCCGUCGCAGACGACCCAGGUCCAGUCAAGGCAACGAAGUCAACUUGCAGACGGGCUACUGGACGUCGCCGUACUCUGCCAGCGUAUCCGUAUCCGAUCGUCUAUACUCUGGUCCCGGAGAGGCAGGCCUGAAUUUGCACGAGCAGAAAAUCGAACCUCAGGGUUUUGCGUUCUUCUACGCCAAGCGGGCUGCGAUACGGGAAGGCGUUUGCGUGUACUUGCGCGGUGGUGGUGGUGGUGGUCAUCUUCGUUGGACUUCGGCCUACUCUACAUCCGAAGACGAUGACGAUAUCGUCGCUUGCUCCUCUGGCCCUGAGGGUGCCCCGUCGAUGGCUCCGCGACGUCCACGCGCCUCUCCGAGGUCCUUCCGCGGAAGGAUGAGGCACAGGACCAAGUGGUGCUGCGUCAAGGGCGUGUCAUCCUCCGAGUCCGACAAUGACAACGGGACAAAGGGACACAGGGACAAAGGUGGCCCAGUCUGA